AACGGAAUUAGCCGAGUGGAGCCGCGUGUAUUCCCGUCUCACAAAAACAACAGUGUUGCCUCAAACACCUAUAUGUGUAUGCGUCAGUUCUACAGUCACCAGUCGUGACGCCUGUUCCCACAGACUAUAUAUUUUAAUAUCAACUGUCAGCAGGCAUUGUGGAUGUCAGAUGGCGACGUCACAGGCCGAGAAAGUACGAGAAUUCCUCACCUGCGUGAUCUGCCAGGAACUGUACACAGACCCCUGUACACUGAGGUGUGAUCACACAUUCUGCAGGAAAUGUGUCACUGAGUACAUCCAAACCAGACCAGAUGCUGUACAGUCCAAGACCAUCCCCUGUGCUUUCUGUCGACAAGAUACCAAGGUGCCCCACCCCAACCAACCAGUGGAGGAGUGGGCGGGGCAGAUCAAACCCAGCAUCAUUAUACAGGGACUGAUUGACACACAAAGUGAAGCUGUCGAAAUAGAUACCGCUGACCAGCAGUGCACAUUGUGUGUGGCUGUAGGGGAGACAACUCCUGGAGCCUCGUGGUGUCAUGAGUGUGAAGUUACCCUUUGCAAAAGAUGUUCCAAGAUUCAUCACGCAAGUCCGACCUCACGUGACCAUGAUGUCGUUGAUCUUUCCACAGGGAUCAGGGUUAAAACAAAACGCAGGGUUUUGUGCACAGAGCAUACAACGGAAGCCAUCAGUCUUGUCUGUAAAGAUUGCCGCAAGGCUGUGUGUCCGACAUGCUGUGUUGUUUACCACAGGAAAUGUGAGUCUGUCUUUACCAUAGAUUCUAUGAAGGCAACAAUGAAAUACCACUUGACAAGGAGGAGAAAUGUGAUGGCAAAGAAAAUAGAUGGAAAAGAAAUAAUUGUCAAGAAAACAAAAGAAAAAAUAAUCAGAAUUAAGGAAAAAAUGGAAUUAGCGGAAUCUCAUCUCCAAAAUGCUGUUGAAAGAGCUAUUGAGAAAAUAAAAAGGAAAGAAAAACAGCUGAUGAAUGAAAUCCGAGGAAUAACAGAAACUGAAUCUAAACAGUUUCAAGCUGAUGUGAAGCGUGAAGAGAUUGAGAUGCAGAUGUACAUGCAGCAUUGUGAGUUCAUUGACCAGGUCUUGGUGUCGGACUGUGAGAUGGAUCUGUAUGACGCGUAUCAGGCCUGGGAGGCGGGGGGUGUCAGGGACACAGACUCGUCAGACACACAAAGAAUAGAUGACAUCAGGUUCACACCAGAUAUUGUCAACGUAAAUGACCUGGGGAAGAUUGACGUCACAUACGAGGAUGGGAGCGGACGUUUGCCUACUCCUGUGAUGGUAAACAAGAUAGAUGGAGGGAGUGAGGGGGCUUGUAUGGGAGACGUCACAGUCCUGGUUGUCGAUGGCAUACAGACAGUUGUGGUCGCUGACUGGGGGAACAAUUGCGUGACAUCAUUCUACACAAGACAUAACAAGUCCUGUCACUGUAAAUAUCCCCUGAGUGGAACCCCGUGUGGCGAAACACAGCUGCAGGAGAACAAGGUGAUGGUUGCUGUUCCACUCUCUUGUCAGAUAGUAACACUGGAAGUGAACCCUGACCUACGUCUACUCUCGACCAUCACAACCAGCAAGGGGUACUACAGUAUCACUGUUCUGAGUCCUUCCUCUCUCGCAGCAGGUGGUGACGGGUGUGUUGAUCUGCUGGACAUGGCAGGCCACGUGCUGAGGAGAAUCGCCACACACAACAAGGGGCGGUUCGUCUUCCCCUUCUUCAUGUGUGUCAACAACAAGGGCAACAUACUUGUGUCUGACUGGGGGGAGAAGUCCGUGACGUGUAUGACGCCAGAGGUUGAUAUUGUAUGGAGAUAUGUCCCUACCGGAGACAAGGCACUCACUCGGCCUCGUGGUAUCACAACUACCAGGACCGGGGAUAUACUGCUUGCUGAUCAUGACUCCAACAGAGUCUUACAACUGACAGAGUCCGGAAAAUUUGUCCGAAAUGUUCUCACCUCACAAGAUGGUAUUCCGGCUCCGUCGGGCUUGUAUAUAGAUAGACAUGAGUCACUGUAUGUGUGUAACCCCGGCGAGAUAACAGAAUUCAGCUUCAUAUGAAAUACCAAUUUGAAAAGCGUCAAAGGGUAAUAAAUGGACAUUUGUGUUCAAUGGAUCAGAAGAAAACACCCUUAACCUUGACUCAAGUCGUGAACACUGAUUAUUAUUAUAUUAUACAUUUAUAAACCACACUUAUCCAGGUACUGGUAUCUGCUCAAAUGUGCUUUUUAUUUGUUCCCCGACCAGUGGAUCUGUUUGAAUUGUAAAGCCGAAAGCUUGUCAUGAGUACCUUACCUGAGCAUAACGUCAUGAACACUUGAAUUCGACUGCACGACCAGAACACCAUCACAUGUGUGAAUACUUCCACUUGGACUGUAUAUCACCAACACUGUCUAACGCACUGCACAACCAGAACACCAUCACAUGUGUGAAUACUUCCACUUGGACUGUAUAUCAUCAUCACUGUCUAACGCACUGCACGACCAGACACCAUCACAUGUGUGAAUACUUCCACUUGGACUGUAUAUCAUCAACACUGUCUAACGCACUGCACGACCAGAACACCAUCACAUGUGUGAAUACUUCCACUUGGACUGUAUAUCAUCAACACUGUCUAACGCACUGCACGACCAGAACACCAUCACAUGUGUGAAUACUUUCACCUGGACUGUAUAUCAUCAUCACUGUCUAACGCACUGCACGACCACAACGCCAUCACAUGUGAAUACUUUCACUUGGACUGUAUAUCAUCAACACUGUCUAACGCACUGCACGACCAGACACCAUCACAUGUGUGAAUACUUUCACUUGGACUGUAUAUCAUCAACACUGUCUAACGCACUGCACGACCAGAACACCAUCACAUGUGUGAAUACUUCCACUUGGACUGUAUAUCAUCAUCACUGUCUAACGCACUGCACGACCAGACACCAUCACAUGUGUGAAUACUUCCACUUGGACUGUAUAUCAUCAUCACUGUCUAACGCACUGCACGACCAGACACCAUCACAUGUGUGAAUACUUCCACUUGGACUGUAUAUCAUCAACACUGUCUAACGCACUGCACGACCAGAACACCAUCACAUGUGUGAAUACUUUCACCUGGACUGUAUAUCAUCAUCACUGUCUAACGCACUGCACGACCACAACGCCAUCACAUGUGAAUACUUCCACUUGGACUGUAUAUCAUCAACACUGUCUAACGCACUGCACGACCAGAACACCAUCACAUGUGUGAAUACUUCCACUUGGACUGUAUAUCACCAACACUGUCUAACGCACUGCACGACCACAACGCCAUCACAUGUGUGAAUAUCUUCACUUGGACUGUAUAUCAUCAACACUGUCUAACGCACUGCACGACCAGACACCAUCACAUGUGUGAAUACUUCCACUUGGACUGUAUAUCACCAACACUGUCUAACGCACUGCACGACCAGAACACCAUCACAUGUGUGAAUACAUCCACUUGGACUGUAUUUCAUCAUCACUGUCUAACGCACUGCACGACCAGAACACCAUCACAUGUGUGAAUACUUCCACUUGGACUGUAUAUCAUCAACACUGUCUAACGCACUGCACGACCAGACACCAUCACAUGUGUGAAUACUUCCACUUGGACUGUAUAUCAUCAUCAUUGUCUAACGCACUGCACGACCAGACACCAUCACAUGUGUGAAUACUUCCACUUGGACUGUAUAUCAUCAACACUGUCUAACGCACUGCACGACCAGAACACCAUCACGUGUGUGAAUACUUUCACCUGGACUGUAAAUCAUCAUCACUGUCUAACGCACUGCACGACCACAACGCCAUCACAUGUGUGAAUACUUUCACUUGGACUGUAUAUCAUCAACACUGUCUAACGCACUGCACGACCAGAACACCAUCACAUGUGUGAAUACUUCCACUUGGACUGUAUAUCAUCAUCACUGUCUAACGCACUGCACGACCAGACACCAUCACAUGUGUGAAUACUUCCACUUGGACUGUAUAUCAUCAUCACUGUCUAACGCACUGCACGACCAGACACCAUCACAUGUGUGAAUACUUCCACUUGGACUGUAUAUCAUCAACACUGUCUAACGCACUGCACGACCAGAACACCAUCACGUGUGUGAAUACUUUCACCUGGACUGUAUAUCAUCAUCACUGUCUAACGCACUGCACGACCACAACGCCAUCACAUGUGAAUACUUUCACUUGGACUGUAUAUCAUCAACACUGUCUAACGCACUGCACGACCAGAACACCAUCACAUGUGUGAAUACUUCCACUUGGACUGUAUAUCACCAACACUGUCUAACGCACUGCACGACCACAACGCCAUCACAUGUGUGAAUAUCUUCACUUGGACUGUAUAUCAUCAACACUGUCUAACGCACUGCACGACCAGACACCAUCACAUGUGUGAAUACUUCCACUUGGACUGUAUAUCACCAACACUGUCUAACGCACUGCACGACCACAACGCCAUCACAUGUGUGAAUAUUUUCACUUGGACUGUAUAUCAUCAACACUGUCUAACGCGCUGCACGACCAGAACACCAUCACAUGUGUGAAUACUUUCACUUGGACUGUAUGUCAUCAACACUGUCUAACGCACUGCACGACCAGAACACCAUCACAUGUGUGAAUACUUUCACUUGGACUGUAUAUCAUCAACACUGUCUAACGCACUGCACGACCAGAACACUUUCACAUUCACUGCAUGUCCUCAAUACUUUUAGUUUUAAUGAGCUUCCAAUAUUUGUUCUAUAAACGUGUUCCGAGAGAACAUAAGCACGCGUUUUGGUAUAACAAAUUGUGUAAUACAGCAGUAUGUUUAUUAAACGGCUGAUCUCUUCACGGCAAGUAAUAAAUAAGUAUAGCUCACCAGCAACCAAGGUCAGGCCGACAUACCAGGCGGUUCCUUCAAAUUAGUUGCACGCGUCAUUUGUCACGGUCAACCCUGUUUAUAUGGUGUGUGUGUGUGUGUGUGUGUGUGUGUGUGUGUGUGUGUGUGUGUGUGUGUGUGUGUGCGUGUCACAAAUGGGACGAUAAGGCAACAAUAUGGACUUCAACUUGCACCAUCACCCACGCGAUUGUUGACAAGGUUAGCCUGAGAUGAAAACAACAAAUGGCCCGCGAUUACGGUAAAUAUAAAGAAAGACUUUGAAUGAAGUUGUCUUUCAAAACCUCUAAGGGGACAAUUAUUUUAUGCGACAACGACCAUCAAGCCCAAUCGAGGGCUUUGUCAAUAACUCUGUAAACUACAAAUGUGUAACAUAAUCAUUUUUUAAUUACGAUAUGUAUUUCAAAUAAAGACAUUUGCGUUUUAAA